AUAAUUCUGUUGAAAUUCCUGAUUUCAUGGAACUCAUCGACUUUGCUUCCAACGAUAAGAAGGCACCCAUAGACGAAGUGGACGCUCUAGCCAGAGCCUACUUUGAUGCUCGUGGGUUAACCGUCAAUCUUCCAGCUGAUGUGGUUGGCGAUUUGGUUACCGCAAAUGUGCACGAAGGGCGCAUGGAUACCGCUCAGGAGUGGCUGGAGAAGUUCGAGGAAAGAUGCAGCGUAGAUGGCAAGCAACCUACAGCCGCCCCAUAUGCUGCGUUCUUGAACGCAGCUAAAGACCUCGAUCCAUAUAACACUGCCGCAUUCGAGACAAUCUUGGAUCGGAUGAAAAUAGAAGGCGUAGUGCCCGAUAUCCACGUUUUCAACGCACUCAUCACCGCACACUGCAUUCGCAAGCACUACGCAGCAGCAUUUGCCGUUUACCGCAUCUUGAUAGAGAAGCCUUCGAUGUAUCCGACGCCUAACGAUAUAACAUACAAGACGUUGGUUAGAGCCACGAAGUGCGUCAGUUUACAACGUGCCUCUCGCUCCAGGAGGCUUAAGCCUCCGUCCAAUAUGGUUCCAGUUCGACAACUGUACCAUGAUAUGCUCAAGUGCCAUAUCAAGCAAACCAGUGGGCGUAUAUCCAAAUCGUCGGAUAUCAUAUCACCUUCCAUCCUUCAGUUCUCUCUCCGGACAUUUUUGGAUAUCAGAGAUUACGCCGGGGCCAUUAUCGUGUUGAACUCCAUGGAUAUGCUAGGCUAUCGCCCAAACAUAGAAACAUAUUUCCUAGUACUAAAACAUUUCUUGGAACGCAUGAAAACCGAAUUAGGUCGGAAGUAUCCGGAGAACGAGCAAUAUUGGACCAAAGUGAUCCUGAAGAUGGGGACUGAAGGUGCGAUGAAUAGUCCGGGGUCUCGUAAAGCACAGCCCUCGAUUGGCCCGCAAACAGUUGCUUUUCUAAUGCGACUCGGAGAACCUAGACGUCUGGCAAGGGAUAUCUCUGAGGAUGACCCUCAGAAUAUGUCGGACAUCAGUCAGAGCUCGACCUCGAACACAUAUAAAUAUCCUUCAUCUACAUCACGUUUUCGCCUCCCUCGUUCGUAUAGAGUACCCACCAUGCGCAUGCUCUUAGGGAAAGAACUUGUACUUCCAUCCAUCCGUUUCUCUACCGUACCAUUGGUACGAAUAAUUCGCAAAGCCCUUAUGGCUUCUCUCAUUACGAAAGUCAAACCUGAAGACAGUGAUCAGUCACAGGAAGACGUUCUAGUAUCGAUAAUGACCAGCGCCAAACGUGAUAUGGUCCCAUCUUUACCUGAAGGCACUGAAGGCAUUUAUUCACGUCCUGAACCUGACAAAAGAAAAUGGUCUUCUUCCCGGGCAGUACAUGUAUUUCCUAAUGGGACGGACAAGCUUAAAAGAGGCUCUGGCUGAAGUAGCUCCAGCCACUGGAAGCCUGCGCAUUCAAGCUGUAACCAUCUCCCUGCUCAACUGCGGCUGCCUGGCGUUUUAUCGAAGGCCACUGUAGUUGGGAGUUUAACCAUAGCCUGUGUGCAACACACGUGAGUUCGAGGAUGUUGUUGCAGUGGACUUUUCAUACAACGACUGACAACACACUGUGUUAAUUUAUAUAACAAUAGUCCAUUAUCAUAUACUUUUUACUAUUUUUUUAGGAAUGAAUAAUACAGGGGCCAUUUGAGGAAUCUUGGA